GUCGCCGGCGUGGUGAGAAAGAAGAAGAGCGAGAUUGGCGGUGAAGAAAGAGAGCCGGUACGCCGACACUAACGAGCGAACCAGAAGCGUUUUCCCCGUUCCGGGCGGACCGAACAGAAGGAUGCCCCGCGGGGGACGGAUCCCGCGGGAGAGGAACGCUUCCGCGUGGAACAGCGAGGCGGACACGAGCUGCUGCAGCGCGCGCUUGGGACCCGAAAGGCCGCCGACCGCCGCGUCCAAUACACUGAGGGGCGUUUCAUUAUUGGUGGAGGGCGUUUCAUUAUUGGUGGGAGUUUCAUUAUUGGUGGAGGGAAAGUUUCAUUUGUAAGUGUGUCAUUAUUGGUGGAGUUAGUUUCACUAUUUAUGGGAGUUUCACUAUUUAUGGAAGUUUCAUUGUUAUUGAUGGGAGUUUCAUUCUGGGGGUGGGAGUCGUCCUUGUAAAUCAAGGUAAUCCCUGUGGAUGCCAAAAUUUCCCCCAAUUUCAGCGGCGCCGGCGUGUUGUCGGGCGUUUCGUCUUGUAUGGGCGGGAGAGAAAGGAAUAAAUCGGUAACGAGGCCGCGCACGGCAAUCUACGAUUCAAGGACGGGAGUUUCAUUACUCCCAUGUAGGAAAAAAGAAGCGACUGGCCUUUGAGGCAGUGGCUGCCGAGCAGCUUGAGGAGGAUGGAGUGCAGGAGAUCUUCG